CUACCAAGUUAGCAUCAGGCAUCAGGCAUCAGGCAUCAGGCAUCAGGCAUCAGCAGUGAGCACUCAGCAGGGUUGAUAACGCAAAUUCCACUUUCCUCCACUUUCACCAAAUUCACCAAUUUGGAAGGUCACUCACUCCCUUCUGCACCAUCAGCGCAAUGCACUUCCUCGCGUACUCUCCACCCCCAAUUCCUCUUGCAUCUCCCAGCACCAACAAUCUCCGUAAUUCCUACUUUUCUCCUCACGUCAGACCAAAAAUUCACAACUUCACUUGUUUUUCUACUGAAAUCACAAGUACCCAGUUCAAUUCUUGCAUACCCAAAACAAGUUAUUUCUUUAAUUCCAAUCUCACUAGCCCAGGUUUAGUUGGACUUUGCAGUUUUGUCUCUAAACCCAAAUGGAAAAAACUAAAAUUCCGCUUAUCUGACUCAUUAGAUUGUAAAGGUGUAAUUUUAGGGUUUUAUGGUACAGAGAACUUCAUAUCAAGUCAGAAUUUUAGGGUUUCUUGUGUUAAUUAUGUGAAAUUGAGAUAUGGGUUUAAUGGGAUAGAUAGAAGAAAGGUGGGAAGUGAGGGGAGGUUAAGAGCAGUGAUGAAUGUAGAUGAAGUAGUGGAGAGAGGAAGUGGUGGAGAUGAAGAGAGAGAAAAUUAUGAUGCUAUUGUGAUUGGGUCUGGUAUUGGUGGGUUAGUUGCAGCAACACAGUUGGCUGUGAAGGGAGCUAAGGUUUUGGCUUUGGAGAAGUAUGUAAUCCCUGGUGGAAGUUCUGGGUUUUAUGAGAAAGCUGGAUAUACAUUCGAUGUCGGUUCGUCAGUAAUGUUUGGCUUCAGUGAUAAGGGUAAUCUGAACUUAAUCACCCAGUCAUUAGCUGCAGUAGGAUGUAAGAUGGAAGUCAUUCCAGACCCAACAACUGUUCAUUUUCACCUCCCAGAUAACCUUUCUGUUCGAGUGCACAAAGAGUAUAGUGACUUUAUCACUGAACUUACUACUAGAUUCCCCCAGGAGAAGGAAGGAAUUUUCAAAUUCUAUGGGGUGUGCUGGAAGAUCUUCAAUGCCCUGAACUCAUUGGAGCUGAAGUCACUUGAGGAACCAAUCUACCUUUUCGGGCAGUUUUUCCAGAAACCCCUUGAAUGCUUAACCCUUGCUUAUUAUCUGCCUCAAAAUACUGGAGCAAUUGCUCGUAAAUACAUUAAGGACCCUCAAUUGUUGUCCUUCAUAGAUGCUGAGUGUUUUAUUGUCAGCACUGUUAACGCUAUGCAAACUCCGAUGAUAAAUGCAAGUAUGGUUCUAUGCGAUAGGCAUUUUGGAGGGAUUAAUUACCCUGUUGGUGGUGUGGGUAGGAUUGCCAAAUCCCUUGCACAAGGUCUCAUUGAUCAAGGAAGCAAAAUACUUUACAAAGCAAAUGUCAGAGACAUCAUCCUGGAACAUGGAAAGGCUGUUGGAGUAAGACUAUCUGAUGGAAGAGAGUUCUAUGCCAGAACGGUUAUAUCAAAUGCUACUAGAUGGGAUACCUUUGGCAAGCUUUUAAAAGCUGAGAAACUUCCAAAGGAAGAGGAAGAUUUUCGGAGAUUGUAUGUCAAGGCCCCAUCCUUUCUUUCAAUACACAUGGCAGUCAAGGCUGACGUCUUACCUCCAGACACUGAUUGCCACCACUUUGUUCUUGAGAAUGACUGGAAGGAUUUAGAGGAGGCUUAUGGCAGUAUUUUUUUGAGCAUUCCCACCAUCCUUGAUUCUUCAUUGGCUCCUAGCGGACAUCACAUUCUCCACAUAUUCACAACUUCCUCCAUCGAUGACUGGCAGGGACUGUCUCCGGCAGACUACAACAAAAAGAAGGAGCUUAUUGCUGAUGAAAUCAUUGGCAGAUUGGAAAAGAAGUUGUUUCCAGGACUUAAAUCUUCCAUAUUGUUUAAGGAGGUUGGGUCCCCAAGAACACACAGGCGAUUCUUGGCUCGUGAUAGUGGCACAUAUGGACCUAUGCCACGUUCGAUUCCUAAAGGCUUGCUGGGAAUGCCAUUCAAUACUACGGCUAUAGAUGGUCUUUACUGUGUUGGUGAUAGCUGUUUCCCAGGGCAAGGGGUCAUAGCUGUGGCCUUUUCAGGAAUAAUGUGUGCUCAUAGAGUGGCUGCAGAUAUUGGGAUUGAAAAGUCCUCGCCUAUAUUAGAUGCUGCUCUCCUUCGCUUGCUUCGAUGGCUGAGGACAUUGGCCUGAAUAAUUAUAUGGCUCAAGGAUGGCUACAGGGUGCAUCCAAGGGGAUGCACACUGGCUCAUUGUUCAAGUCAAGGUGAAGAAAUAUCCAGAUGUUUCUUGCGAAGAAAUGGGUUUGUUACUGGUCAUGGGGAGGAUGUUGCAUCACAGGGCUUAGAAUAUACUCGAUUUCACUUAUUAUGUCAGUAUCAGAAAUAUUAGUGAUUAAUUUAUUCAAAGUAGUGACUUAUACGAGAAGCUUGUACAUGCAAAUGUGUCCUGAAGUGUACAAAAAAGAACAAUAAUGCUCUAUAUAUAGAAGUUGUUUUCUGCUUUAA